AUGGAUCGGCUCCGUCGAAUCAAGAAGCGGCUGCUUGAGAACAGCUUUGAUAACCUGGUGUGGCUCGUUAUGGUCGGGCCCAGCCUGGUUGGAUAUCAGAUCUCCAGGAAAAAGAUAUUCGUCCCUUUCUGGAUCAUCCACCUAUCGCUGCUGGCCUACGUGUACGGCGCGGGCACCGUGGUGUAUCAGGCGACGCACGCGCAGGGGGCCAGCGACUUCAUCAAGAGCUACGUUAACGUCUCCCUCUUCGUACUUGUAGCGAACAACAGUUACUGGUGGAUAAAGGAAAGAGAUCUACUAAGAAGUGUACUGAAAAAAGCUAAAGAGAGUGACACUAAAACCAUACAAGCUGGGCUAUUCGUCGAGAAGUACGAGCGCUCGUUGUCAUUAAUCAAGCGUAUUUUGCUCAUUUUCUACACCGUCAAUACAAUCAACGAGUUUACAACAUAUUUGCCCAGACGGGCUGACAUGAACGCAGACACCUUCUCAAUGGCACCUUGUGUUGGGAUUGAACCACUGACGUCAUUUCCACAACGCGAAAUCUGCAUAGCACUGAUAUCAAUUCAAGAAAUAACCAUUCUCAACACUACGCACAGUUUCCAAACAGUGAUGCUUCUUCUCUUAGCGCAUACUUCUGUCAUGUAUCGAUUGCUCUCCGAUGAAAUCACGACGUUCAGUACGCUGCUUACCGAUCCAAGAAACUACGAUUUUGUGAAAGAAAGGCUGCCCGUCAUUAUAUAUCGUCACGUUCUUAUUUUGGAUAUAACAAAAGACCUUAGAGCUUUAUACAGUAUACCGAUGGGGAUUAAUUUCGGUUCGAAUGCGGUGUGCAUGUGCUUUUUCUUCUUCUUGGAACCUGCAGAAUAUUUAAGUUUUAUGCCGAUAGUCGUGUAUUGCUUCAUUGUAUUUUCUUUGUACUGUUUUCUUGGGCAGCGGCUUACGGAUGGCGCAGAGAUGUUCUCUCAGGCACUGUACAACAGUGGUUGGGAGAUGAUGCAUACAAAGGAACGGAGGGCAAUUGUCUUUAUGCUGCUACAGUCCCAGAAAGAGGUCGAUUUACUUGCAGCUGAUUUAAUCCCAGUCAACAUGAGUACUUUUGCUACCACGUGCAAGGCCAUAUAUCAAUUUGCAACUGUUUUUAAAUUGUAAAGAAACUAG